AGCGCUGUUCGAGCUUGAGGAACUCCUGCAGAAAACUAGCGGCGAUGGUUUCCGGAUUCUGUACGUGCCCGAACACCGGAAUCACAAGAAGCUAACGUGAAGCAUAGUUCCUUUUGCCAGGAGUUCUCGUUGUCGCCGUUGAUGUGCUCCAAGGAAGCGAUGCUGACAGUAAUAAAAAAGUGGCAGAUUUCCAGCAUGCUUGUAGAUGUCCUCCUAAAGUUCGGUGAUCAGCCCCAGGUUUUUCAGGAGUCUUCAGGGUUUCGGCAGUUGUGUCAAUCGAGGGAUCAGUCGUUUGAGUUAUGUUACCAGUUCAUGUACGUCGAACGGAAUGGGAGGCGACCGCCACGAGAUACUUGGUCAUUCAGACAAACGGGUGUUAUGCAUAAAUUCUCAUUUGAAAGUUGUAGUAGCCAGAUUGUUAUAAUCCAUCCCAGCGAUGAUGCGGUGGCGCAGUCAAAACUAGAAGCUAUGGCGGAGUCUUCGCAUAGAGCACAGUUAACACGACAUCCAUUGACCGUUCACUUGAUAAUCAUCUGGUCGUAUCUGGCGAACUGGCAAGAUCAUAUAGAGAGCCUUGCCAGCGAUUUGGAGCAAAUUCGACGACGCAUCGACGUGGCCGAUAUCUCUGAGCCGGAUGCGAUUCCUGCUAUCAACCCUGAACGCCUCCAAACGCUUCGACACAUCGAAGACAAGAUAGUGUGUAAAGCAUGCAAAUGUCUUCGCAGCAACAUUGUCCUCGUAAAGACCUUGAUGAGCAUCAACACAGCAUUUGCAACCAAAAUUCCAUCUCUAGGAGAAAGCUCGUACAGCGUGCAUCAGGAAUUGCAAAUCAUGGAGCAUCGCUUGGAAAGUCACAUCAAUGCAGCAGAAACACUAGCGCAACGUGUACAAGCAACAUUAGGCUUGCUCACCAAUCUUCUCGAUAUCGGAAAUCAGGCAAACUCUAGGGAGAUAAGCACGCGAAUACUGCGUUUGACACAGGAGGGUGUCGACGAUAAUGCUACCGUCAAGGUCAUCACUGUGUUCACAUUGAUAUAUCUGCCUGCUUCGUUCGUAGCUUCGUUCCUCGGCAUGAAUCUUUUCGACUUCAAAAGCGAAGACGGCUCUUUACGGGCAAGCCCACAAUUCUGGAUCUUCAUAGUAACGACCGUGCCAUUGACGAUGCUCACCGUUGGCGCAUGGUACCUGUACAAGACCAGACAUAACAAGUUGAGGAAGGCAAAAUCGAUCGCCGAGAGUGUUUGAACUGUUGCAAUCUUCUGGCGGUCUACGGCAUAAUCCGACCAAAGGACAUUAC